CGGCCCUGCUGGCGGCAUGCUCGUCUUCGUCAGCGGCAAUCUUCAGCUCGUUGGCGAGCAGCACGCGCUCAAGUUCAGUCAGUUGGCGACUUGCAGGGGGACAAAUAUACUGUAUGAGCACUACGUCGGAAGUUUCCUUCGACCCUUAUGCAUAUGAUUAUGAUAUGAGAUGUAAAAUGUGUAUCCGAAUUGCUUAAUUCUCUGAACUUCACUUUUCCUAGUCAUCAACUCCUUCGUCCCUUCCUCCCUAAGCGAAACCUCACCUUUAUAAUCAUCUUUCCUUUUCAAUUCCAUUGCCACUCGUAGUGGACUUUGAUAGAGAUCGGGUAGUUUAGAGGGGCUGUGUAGAAAAAGAGCAAUAAAGGCAAAGAUGUCAGAUUGGGGGCCAGUGUUUGUGGCCGUAGUGCUUUUCAUACUGCUCACGCCGGGGUUGCUGAUUCAGAUACCAGGAAAACACCAGCUCGUGGAAUUCGGCAACUUCCAGACGAGUGGAGUUUCCAUUCUGGUUCAUUCCAUCCUCUAUUUUGCUCUAAUAUGCGUCUUCUUGUUAGCUGUUGGUGUCCAUGUUUGUCAUCUGUAUUCUAAAGAAAUGGCGGACUGGGCUCCCGUACUGAUCGGAGUCGUGCUGUUCGUGCUGCUCACGCCGGGGCUUCUCUUUCAGCUACCGGGACACAACCGACAGCUGGAGUUCGGCAGUUUGAAGACCAACGGCAAGGCCGUAGCUGUCCAUACGCUUAUCUUCUUUGCUAUCUACGCUGUCCUCAUCUUGGUCGUCCGCGUCCACAUCUACACUGGCUAGCUAAUCCCGGUUUUUGUCUCUGCUUCUCUAGGGUUUCGGUUUCUGUUCUAGAUCUAUUUAUGCGUUUUGUUUUUUCUAUGAUACAUGUGAUACUUCGUCAGUCGGAUAUACGAAAAACACAGAUCUGUCUGUCAUGAUUCGGUAAUUAGAUUUCUGCUGUUCAUUAUGCA